AUGGCAGCAGAACAAGGCAACCCAGCACCUAAUAUGGCGGAAAGCUCUGCAAGAUUUGACCAGCUACCCCCCGGAAGAAAAGAAGAUGUCGAGCAUCAAAACGGUCCAGGGAGACCUCACUUUGACCCGGCUGCUCGUCCGGGGGCAAUGGUGUCGCAGGUUCUCCAGCCUCAGUACAUGAAGCUUGCUAAUCCUGGGCCUCUCGGUCUUCUUUCUUUCGCCAUAACGACGUUCGUUCUAGGACUCUAUGAAUGCGGUGCUGGACUUCCGGGUUCAAAUCCUCAAGGGGAUGUCGGUCCCAAUCAGGCGAUAUUCGGACUGGCAGCUUUUAUGGGCGGCACCGUCCAGAUUAUUGCUGGAAUCAUGGAGUUUCGCGUGGGGAAUACCUUUGGUUCCACUGUUCAUUGCUCCUACGGGGCGUUCUGGCUCAGCUAUGCCAUGUUUCUGCUUCCUUACCUUGGGAUCGAAGCUGCGUAUAACGGGAAUGAAAGAGCGUACACAUUUGCAUUGGGCAUCUAUUUGAUCUUAUGGUCCUUUCUGACACUUCUAUUUCUUAUUGCGGCGUUGAGAACCAACGUCGCCAUCCUUUGCGUGUUCUCCUUCCUGACUCUCGCCUUCUUUUUCCUAGGCCUGGCCAACUUUCUUGCGACAGAACACGCGACUGCAAGCCUGCGUAUCAAUAAAGUCGGGGGUGCAUUCACUGUUGUUUGCGCAUUUUGCGCUUUCUAUGCCGGUGCUUCAGGUCUGAUGAUACCCGAGACGACCUUUGUGCGCUUUCCCCUGGGCGAGAUUGUCUCCGGUCCGGAAUCGUGA